CGGAAAGUGGCUUUUUGUUGUUGGCGUUGGCCUAUAAAGCAGCAGUACGGCAUCAUCGUCGUCAUCAACCUCUUUUAACUUCUCCUCUCGCAGAUCCGAUCCCAAAAACUCAAAUUCACUCUCCGAUUUCUCUCAAAUCCGGAAAAAAAAAUGGCUUCACCCCGCGAGGAAAACGUCUACAUGGCCAAGCUUGCCGAGCAGGCCGAGCGUUACGAGGAAAUGGUUGAAUUCAUGGAGAAAGUCUCCGCCUCCGCCGCCGAAGGGGAUGAGCUCUCCGUCGAGGAGCGCAACCUCUUGUCGGUUGCGUACAAGAACGUGAUCGGAGCCCGUAGGGCUUCGUGGAGGAUCAUAUCCUCCAUUGAGCAGAAGGAGGAGUCCCGUGGCAAUGCGGAUCACGUCAACGCUAUUAAGGAGUACAGGGGAAAGAUUGAGACCGAGCUUUCCACUAUUUGUGAUGGUAUCUUGAAGCUUUUGGAUACCAAACUGAUCCCGGCUGCCGGCGCCGGCGAUUCUAAGGUGUUUUAUUUGAAGAUGAAGGGCGAUUAUCACAGGUACUUGGCUGAGUUUAAGACCGGGGCUGAGAGGAAAGAGGCUGCCGAGAACACCCUCAACGCCUACAAGGCUGCUCAGGAUAUUGCUAAUACCGAGUUGGCUCCAACACAUCCAAUCAGACUUGGAUUGGCUCUUAACUUCUCUGUGUUCUACUAUGAGAUUCUCAACUCCCCUGAUCGGGCUUGCAAUCUUGCAAAACAGGCAUUUGAUGAAGCUAUUGCAGAGCUGGAUACCUUGGGAGAAGAUUCCUACAAGGAUAGCACUCUCAUUAUGCAACUCCUCCGUGAUAACCUAACUUUGUGGACCUCAGACAUGCAGGAGGAUGGGGCUGACGAAAUCAAAGAGGCUUCCAAGAAUGAAGAUGGGCAGUAGUGAUAAUGUUUUGAAGCUGCCAAUUUAAAUUCUGGAUUUCAGCUAAAGUAAUUUUCUACAGCAUUGUUAAUUCUCACGGGUUUUAGAGACUUUAUUUUUCAGAAGGGUACUGUAUAACCUAACUGUAAUCUUCUGUGACAUGUCCUACAUUUUAUUUGGAGAAUGACAGUGAAUAUUUUCUGUUUUCUUUUCACUAGAUAAUCCUCAGAUUCUCUGCGUCCUGUGACACUUAUCAGAUUAUGCGUAACCUGUUUUCCAAAUUUAUCUGCAUAUUAUUUGAAUACUCCCUUGUAAGUUCCACAGGAGGAGCUUCU